AUGUCUUUGUCAAAGUGCUAUACUUCCACACCAGAAACAACAAACACUGCUCGACUGGCCAGGCUUAUACUUGGUCCAUGUACUGAUGUGUUACGGGACAUUCUAAAGACAGAAGUGAAACCAUCUGAUUUGUCCAGAAAGGUUAAAGAAUUUACAGAUAAACUUCCACGUGGACAUAGAAAUCCACUCAACAAAACACAAUCAGAGAUAAUUUUCCCCAAACCAACGAAACAAUACAGUGGUGAUUAUUCAGACUUAGACAUAUCGUUAUUGUAUUUACUUCUGCGAAAUGUAAGUAAGAUAGCAUCACAUUCCAAAGGUUGGGGAGAAAUUCCUAGUCCCGGGGAGAGAAGCGUGGCAGCAAACAUUGAAAGAAUCCGCCUCAUUAGAAACCAGUAUUACGGACAUUCAACUGGUUUGUCCCUAUCCGAGUCAGAUUUUAGACAGGAAUGGCGAAACAUCCGAGACAUUGUAGUGGAGCUAGAGCGACACCUAGGAACCACCACGGUGUAUCAAGAUGCCGUCAACACAAUAAAAACCUGCUCCAUGGAUCCAGCGCAAGAGAAAAAAUACAUAGAUUUACUUGGGGAUAUCAGAGAAGUACACACAACUGUGGAUAAUCUAUCGAAAACUACCAAGCAAAUGAUACAAAAACAUUAUGAAUCUGUAAGUCAUUUAUUUGUUAAAACUUGUGCUUUUGACAAAGCGAGGGAAAUGUUGGACAAAAAUGGUUAUGUCGUCAUCAAGGGUAACCCUGGAACUGGAAAAACCACAAUCGCUAAGAUGUUAAUGAAAGGAUUGAUAGAGGAUGGAAAAUUUCCUCUUCAGCUUUAUAAGUUCAAAGACUUAUAUGGAAGCAUAUCAGCGGGUGAUGCAAAGUAUCCAUUCCUUGUAAAUAUAAAAAACAGCCAAGGGGCCAAAGCAUUACAGUCUGCAGCAAGUUCUGGAGACAAACAUGCAUUCAAUCUUGUGUUAAAGUUUGGCUUUAAUCCAUAUGAAAAGGACCGAGACAAUGGUCACACGGUUCUUACUUGUGCCUGUCAAGAUGGUAGGACCAAUAUGGUGAAAUACCUUAUUAAGAAAUAUCCUGCUUUACUCAAAGAACACACAGAUGUUCAUGGGAAAAGUCUUUUGUAUUGGGCGGCUUACAGUGGAAAAGUUGAUAUGUUUGAAUAUAUAUUUAACCUCUUUGAGAAUGAAAAUAUAUUACAUAUAUCAAGUGAUAUAAAAUGCAAUUUAGACACAAAAGAUAAUUCAGGCGAAUCUAUGUUGCAUGCUGCAUGCAUAGCAGGUCAUUAUGAUAUGUGUGAAUACCUGUUGAGCAGAAACCUACAGAUGCUGGAAGUUUGUUACAAAGACGGGGAAAACGUGCUCCACUCCGCAGCUCAAGGAGGCAACAUUAAUCUUUUCAAGUUUCUAUUAAGCAAAGGAUUCAAUCUCAAUUGUACAACAAAUACUGGGGAGACUGUGUUACACAAAUGUUGUGCAAAUGGCAGGGAGGAAAUGUGUAGAUAUUUGGUAAAUAAGCAUCAGUCAUUAAUAUCUGUAAGAGAUAAUUAUGGAUGGACGGCUUUACAUUCAGCUUGUAGAGGAGGAAGUGUAGAAAUUGUGAUUUUUCUAACAAAUAAAGGAUUGGACGUGAAUGAUUUGUCAAAUGAUGGUCAAAGUGUUUUGCAUAUUGCUUGUCUUUAUGGGAGAUAUGAAAUUGUUGAGUACUUAGUUAAGAGUCAUCCCCAUCUUUUAGAUGUCAGGGAUACAUUGAGUAACUCAGUGUUGCAUGACGCAGCAUGGGGAGGUCAUAUUGAAAUAGUUAAACUAUUGAUUGAGAAAAAGAUGGACGUCUAUACACUACAUGAAGGAUGUGAAUCGAUCUUACAUUUAUGCUGUCGCUCUGGUAAAAAGGAGAUGUGUGAGUAUUUGGUCAAUCAUUUUACAGACUUAUUGAAUAUAAAGGGAAAUAAUGGAUGGACAGUGUUACAUUCAGCGUGCUUUGGAGGAAGUGUAGAUAUUGUUUCUUUUCUAAUACAAAAAGGAUUGGAUUUAAAUGAUUUGUCAAAUGAUGGUCAAAGUGUUUUGCAUAUUGCGUCUCUCAAUGGUAAGCUUGAAAUUUGUGAGCACUUAGUUAAGAAUCAUCCUCAUCUAUUAGAUGUCAAGGACAAACAUAGUCAAUCAGUUUUGCAUUAUGCAGCUUUAGGAGGAAAUGUUCAAAUACUGAAUUUAUUAAUUGGGAAAAAUAUGGACAUGAAUACCCUUCAGGGAUACUGUGGGACAAUUUUACAUCAAUGUUGUCGCUCUGGUAAAAUGGAGAUGUGUGAAUAUUUGGUCAAUCAUUUUCCUGAUUCAUUGGAGAUAAGGGACAAUAAUGGAUGGACAAUGUUACAUUCAGCUUGCAGUGGAGGAAGUGUAAUUGUUCUGUCUUUUUUUAUAAAUAAAGGUUUGGAUAUUAAUUCAUUAUCAAAUGAUGGUGAAAGUAUUCUGCAAAUAGCGUGUCUGAAUGGGAAUUUUGAAAUUUGUAAGCACUUAGUUGAUAAUUAUCCCAAUCUAUUAAAUGUCAGGGACAAAUCUAGUAACUCGGCGUUGCAUGAUGCAGCCCGUGGAGGCAAUGUUCAAAUAGUAAAACUAUUGAUUGAGAAAAAUAUGGACAUUACAUCCCUACAGGAAAAUGGUAAAACAGUUUUACAUCAAUGUUGUCGCUCUGGUGAAAUGGAGAUGUGUGAGUAUUUGGUGAACCAAUUCUCUGAUUUAUUGGAGACAAGGGAUACUAAUGGGUUUACUGCAUUACAUGCAGCUUGCAUUGGAGGAAGUGUAGAUGUUCUUUAUUUACUAAUUGAAAAGGGAUUUGAAAUCAAUGCCCUGUCAAAUAAAGGUAAAAAUAUUUUGCAUAUAGCUUGUCUCAAUGGGAAGCAUAGAAUUUGUAAUUUCUUAGUUGAGAAUCAUCCCCAUCUUUUAAAUGGCAAGGACAAAUAUAGAAACACAGUGUUGCAUGAUGCAGCCCGGGGAGGCAAUGUUCAGAUAGUAAAUCUAUUGAUUGAGAAAAAGGUGGACAUCAAAUCCCUGCAGAAAGAUGGUGAAACAAUUUUACAUCAAAGUUGUCGCUCUGGUGAAAUGGAUAUGUGUGAAUAUCUGGUCAGCCAAUUCUCUGAUAUUUUGGAGAUAAGGGACACUAAUGGGUUUACCGCGUUACAUUCCGCUUGCAGAGGGGGGCGUGUAAAAUUUUUAUCUUUUCUAAUAAACAAAGGAUUGGAAAUCAAUGCCCUGUCAAAUGAUGGUAAAAGUAUUUUGCAUAUAGCAUGUUUUUUUGGGAAGGUUGAAGUUGUUGAGCACUUAAUAGAGAAUUAUCCACAUCUAUUAGAGGCCAGGGACAAAUCUAGUAACUCAGUGUUACAUGCUGCAAGCUGUGGAGGCAAUGUUCAAAUCGUAAAACUACUGAUUAAGAAAAAUAUGGACAUAAAUACCGUACAGAAAGAUGGUGAAACAAUUUUACAUCAAUGCUGUCGUUCUGGUAAAAUGGAGAUGUGUGAGUAUUUGGUCAAUAAGUUUUCAGACUUAUUGGAGAUUAAGGACAAUAACGGAUGGACAGUGUUACAUUCAGCUUGCAGAGGGGGAAGUCUAAAAAUUGUUACUUUCCUAAUAAAUAGGGGAUUGGAUUUCAAUGCCUUGUCAAGUGAUGGUAAAGGUAUUUUGCAUAGAGCUUGCUUCAGUGGUAAGUUUCAAAUUUGUGAUUACUUGGUUAAAAAUCAUCCCAAUCUAUUAGAAGUCAGGGACAAAUUUAAUAAUUCUGCAUUGCAUGACGCAGCUAGGGGAGGCAAUGUUCGAAUCGUAAAACUAUUGAUUGAGAAGAAGAUGGACAUCAGAAGCUUAAAGAAAGAUGGUACAACAGUUUUACAUCAAUGCUGCCGCUUUGGAAAAAUGAAAAUGUGUGAGUAUUUGAUUAACAAUUUUCCAGACUUAUUGGAGAUAAGAGACAAUAAGGGAUGGACAGUGUUACAUUCAGCCUGCAGAGGGGGAAGUGUAAAAAUUGUUUCUUUCCUCAUAAAAAAAGGAUUAAACCUCAAUGCCCUGUCAAAUGAAGGUGAAAGUAUUUUGCAUAUUGCUUGUCUGAGUUGUAAACAUAAUGUUUGUAGAUACUUAGCAGCAAAGCACCCACUCAUUCUAGAAGUCAAAGAUAAUCAUGGUAAAUCAGUUUUUGAUAUUGCCAUUGAGCAUGGAGACAAAGAUAUGAUUCAUUUGUUGAGUGAACUCUAUGGUAAUAAACCUUUAUUAUAA